AUAAAAGGCAGUGCAAUCGCACCACCAAGUCCAUUUAGAAUGAGACAACUUCACUACUUCCUCCAAAUAAAAGAGAUCCAACAAAAUCUCAGCAACGAGAGAAAGAGAGAGAUGGGGAGGGCUCCCUGCUGUGACAAGGCAAAUGUGAAGAGAGGGCCAUGGUCGCCUGAGGAAGACUUAAAGCUGAAGGAGUUCAUAGAGAAAUAUGGAACUGGUGGGAAUUGGAUUGCACUCCCUCAAAAAGCUGGUCUAAAGAGAUGUGGGAAGAGCUGCAGGCUGAGAUGGCUGAACUAUCUGAGGCCUAACAUCAAGCAUGGUGAAUUUUCUGAGGAAGAAGACAGGAUAAUCUGCACUUUGUUUGCCAGCAUCGGGAGCAGGUGGUCAAUUAUAGCUGCUCAGCUACCAGGCAGGACUGACAAUGAUAUCAAGAACUACUGGAACACCAAGCUCAAGAAGAAGCUCAUGGCCAUGGCGCCCUUCCCUCCAUUCACAAACCACCAACAGAGAAAACCACCCCAAUACCCACCACCACCACCACAAUCUCAGCUUCCAGUGCCUAAUUGUCCAUCACUAAUUUUCACAGAUUCCACUUCAUAUUACAACCCAUCUAAGCCUCUCUCAUAUGUUCUGAACAACUCCUACAACCCUUGUUUAGCCACCAACUGUUCUCUUCUUCAAGCCCAAGAAAGCUUAUUUAGUCUCAUGUUUGGAGGGGAUCAAGGAAGCUGUUCCUCUUCUGAUGGAAGCUGCAUCCAGACCAACCAUGGAAAGGAGAUCAGGCAAGAAGAGAUGGCGGCAUUGCAGAGUUUCAUGUCAAAUGGGUUUGAGGAAAACCAGAUGUUCAUGAUUGGUUAUGGCAACCGUGAAUGGACUGGUGAUCAGAAGCCAAAUGGGUACUUUGGAAACAGUGAUACCACGCCAUUAGAGUAUGAUCUUGAAGAAGUUAAGCAGCUUAUUUGCAGUGGCAGCCCUAAUGAUGGGUGUAACAGCUUCUUCUUGGAUGAUGAAAGCAAGACACAUUUUGCCAGGGAUUUGUGAUCUCCAUUGAACUUCACUAUGAUUUGUGGUCUUUCUCCUAAAAAAAAAACAAAAAAACAAAAAAAAUGACCCAGGAAGAGAAGAAAGCCAUGUACUACUACUGAUGAGACAGACUGUAAGUAAAAUCAGAGAGGUUUGAAGGGGCAUGGUUGUGAUGGGGGAAGGCGAGAUUCAGAUUACAGCAAGAGGGGACUUUAGUUUCUGGGGGUUUGUGUUUUCUUAUGGGGAUUUGAAUGGAAACAUUUGUUUAUUCCCCUCUUCUUUGACAGUACAUGGUAAAAGCCUUUUGCUUUUUGUGCA